GUUCAUCCUUACCCAGUUACCCGUCUGACGGUCAUUGCGUCUUCUGGAUCACACCAGUCCAGACACCAGAAAAUCAAGAAAUAGAGAGAGAAAGUUGCCGGCGGAGGGCUCUUCCAUGGCAUUUGCUCACUACUUAGUUGCAGUUUCUCCGUCAGUUAAAACCUCAAAACUCCAUUCUCGAACCUCAAUUCUAACCCCAUCCUUCUCUUCUUCUCUGUCCAAUUCCUUGCUUAAGUUAAAGUCUCGCAAUCUUACAUUCCUUCCCAAACUCUAUCGAAUUGGGCAAACAGUAAAAGCUAAGGCCCAAGUAUCAGAGGCCACUUCAGCUGCAGAUGCCUUUACUAAUUUCAAGCAUCUACUCUUACCAAUCACCGAUCGAAACCCUUAUCUCUCUGAGGGUACAAGACAGGCUGCGGCUACUACUGCUGCUUUGGCGAAGAAGUAUGGAGCGGACAUAACAGUUGUAGUUAUUGAUGAAAAUGACAAAGCGUCACUGCCACAACAUGAAACCCAACUCUCAAGCAUUCGUUGGCACUUAUCUGAAGGUGGCUUCCAGGAGUUUAAGCUGCUGGAGCGAUUAGGGGAAGGGAACCAGCCCACAGCUAUCAUCGGUGAAAUUGCUGACGAGAUGAACUUGGAUUUGGUUGUGCUGAGCAUGGAUGCCAUCCACUCCAAACACGUAGAUGCAAACCUGCUCGCGGAAUUCAUUCCCUGCCCCGUACUGCUUUUGCCGCUAUGAGAAAACACCCUUAAAAUGCCAAGAAAUAUGAGUUCUGAUUUCAUGGUCGAGAAUGCAAUCUUUACAUCAAAUGGCAUUGACAGUGUCUUGUUUACUCAUUCUCUCCCAACUUUUUCAACCAUUUUGGGUUCUGUUAUCUGUUAUGUUUAAAAUGCAGUCUGUUUUGUAAUGUUCUGACUGUGUAAUUGUCUAUCUGGUGGUCUGAUGUUUAUAGAAGUGAAGGCAUUGCUAGAAA